CGCGAAUCUCUUCUUUCAAGUUGUUGUCAUGGUGUCUAUCAUUAGUCAAGCACGCCUGGUUGUGCCACUCGUGUUAGCACUUCCAUGGAUGCUUGUGGCGGGAUCCGCCAUUCCCCCAAUGCCCGAGGGAGCGCUUUCACCCGAACGUCUCCAAUGGCUUAGGGACGUGAUUGGCAACCGGACCGAGAACGGGACCAUCUCGGAUGUCGCUAAACGGAGCACUGUCUUGAGUAACAGCAAAGACGGCGUCGACAGCGCGGGAUUUUACUACUCAUUGUACAAUGCCAACGGAGCCGAAGUCGGGUACACCGAAUACCCCACGACCGGUCAGUUUGAACUUGGCUGGAAUGCUAAGGCAGAGUUCCUUGGAGGGAAGGGCUAUAGGGGCGGCAGCCCGCGAUCCUUGACCUGGGCCGGUUAUUUCACCGCCGAGGGGGACUGGACUUUGGCCAUCUAUGGCUGGACCCUCAACCCCGUCACCGAGUGGUAUAUUGUGGAGUCGCAUGGCAGUGGAACCCCAGGCAACGGGCACAUCCUAGGUCAGGUAUAUAGUGAUGGCGGCGUCUACGAUGUCUACAAUUUACCCUACCGCAAUGUCCCAGAGAUCUAUGGGGUGACCAAUUUUGACCAGCACUGGUCGGUGCGUCGGUCCCACCGCCCCAUCGGCACCGUCGAUGUGAGCGCCCAUUUCCAGCGCUGGAAGGAAUUAGGUCUCAGCCCCGGCACCCCAGUCUUCCAGAUGGUCACCCUGGAAGGCUUUUCUGGGAAAGGGUACCUGGAUUUUACCGUCAGGUAGACGAAAUCCGAGGUUACGGACCACAGUAGUCAGCGGGCACGCAGUAGAAGCCAGAUUCCAUCUGUGCAUUCAGACGCAGGAGGCCCUUUUCCUUUCUGGUCCUUCAUUCUCUAGUGGCUAGUUCUCUGUUUAUUUCUCG